UGAGAGCCCCACACCCUUGCACAGGUGCCGCACCGCACACGACGCGGCAGGGCAGGCGCAGUGGCGCACUCGCACGGGCGGGCGGUUAGGUGAAGCAGCGAAAGCGAUUCGGACGGUGGCGGCACAGAGUCCUCGUGCCGCUUUGGAUGCUGCGACUGGACCGGACGCCGCUCCCGAGACUUGAGAAGAUGAGAGAGGCCGCGCUGAGGCCUGAGGGUGGGCGGGCCGCGAGACUCCACGGGGCUCUCGGGAUGGCGGCGGCGGACGCGACGACGGCCAUGACCAUCGACUUCCUCCGCGCGCGGCUCCUCUCCGAACGCUCCGUCUCCCGCGCUGCCAAGGAGCGCGCCGACCAGCUCGCCAGGCGGGUCGCGGAGCUGGAGGAGCAGCUCCGGAUGGUGACGGCCCAGCGGCGCAAGGCGGAGCGGGCGGCCGCGGAGGUGCUCGCCAUCCUCGACUCCCAGGGCUUCGGCGGCCUAUGUGACGCCGCGGCCGACUCCGGCUCCGAGGACGAGGUCGACAACGGCAGCCCUGAUGCCGCCGAAAGUGACCGCGGUGGCGGUGGCAAUGCCCGCGGGGAGGCGCCGGAGGACGCGUUGUCGGGGUCGGAGCUUGGAAGCCAGGCGGCCGCGGCUCAGGCCGGGCGGCUGUCGUGGAAGGGCCGCGCCGCGAACCCCGACUGGGAGAGGCAGCGACCGCAGCAGCAGCAGCAGCAGAAGGGUAGGCAGCUCAGGCAGAGGCACAGCCAUGGCCAUAGGAGGGGCUGCAUUUACUCACGCGCCGCCGAUUCGUCGCCUAAGUACCAUCCGGGGCAGUCGUGCCGGAAGAUCAAGAGGAAGGAGCUGAGAUCUCAGACAGAAGGCGGGGAGGACAAGGAGGAUGUUGCUGGGGAGAGCACAGAGGGGCAAGAGAUAUCCGAUUGUACCGUUUGUACUGAUGAGCGGCCAGAUUUCGAUGGUGAGGUAAGCCAUGAUGAGCAAGGUUCUUCGAGCAAUGGAAGAGUCGAGGAUGGCGGUGAUCGGUACAGCAUGGAUUAUGAAAAGGAGGGGGAGAUGGAGAGGGUACUGGAGAAGCAGGCUGAGCUCAUUGGGCAGUACGAGGCUGAAGAAAAUGCUCAGAGGGAGUGGGAGAAGAAAUUCAGGGAGAGCCAACAUUCAACUGCGGAUAAUGUUAGCUUAAGCAAUAAGCUAAAUCAAACCAAAAAUGCUUGUGGGAAGAGGGAAAUUGCACAGAUUAUGGAUAAAGGAGUGGUCUGUGAACAGGCAAAAUCAAGCGAGAAUAAUAUCUUUGGCAUCAGAAAUCCUUCUGAAUAUCUACCAAAGGAAUCUGUUUCAGAGUUGCCACCAAAUGCAGCAGAAGAUAGUGCUAUUCAGCAGUGCAAAGUUGAUGACUACCAUGAUUUUGGAAAGACUACUGCAACAGUUGCUUCAAGCAAUGGUGAAUUGCAGGUUACGAAGGAUGUGUUGGUAAAUAUAAGCUGUCUUGAAAUUGUUGAAGGAAGUGGUACUACUCUUGGAAAAUCAUCUCUCUCACCACAAGGAAGCUGUGAUAGCACCCUAAAUGCAAGACAUAAUAAAGGUCAAGGAGAUGAAAAUUCAGACAGUGGUUCAAGCUACCAUGCAGAUGCUCGCUCUUCUGAGCGCUACAUAAAUGCACCAUUAGUUGGGAGCCCUUUAAGUGAUACCCCUAAAAGCGAAGUCUCGGAGUGGAGUUCGUCCUUCUUUCAUAACCAUACUGAUAACCAGCUUGAUGCACAGCUGCAUCAACCAUCAAACGAUGAUGUAGGAGGGGUGCUAGUAGCCCUUCGACGUGCCAAGAUGUCUCUCAGAGAAAAGCUGAGCAGGCCAAGUUCACCCAGCCAGAACAUAUUGGCACUUCCAGCACCGGAGGAUUGCUACGCAAACCAUGAUUUGCUAGUCAACGACAUGCAACUUUCACUCAGCAGGUCAACUCCUCUCAGCCAGGAAAUAUUGACACUAGCAGCACAUUCAGACUACCUUAACAGGAUCUUACCACGGGACGAUGUGAAAGUACCAGUAGGCCCUGCUGGUUUGUUCCGUUUGCCAAUAGACUCGUUUCCUGGAAAUGAGAUGGCCUCAAGUGAUAGCUAUGGUUCAAGGUUCAGUUUGACAGCAACAAGUCGAGUCAACAUGACAUCAAGCUAUCCUACCAAUCAUAUCAUGUCAAAUCCAUCGUUCUCUCAAGGGUUCUCACUGGAUCCAUAUUAUGAUCCUCGUAGUUCCAUGAUGCUAGCAAUGCCUACUGCUGGUGGGUGUAGCAUUCCAGUGUCAGAUUUCAGAAUAGGGGGUGGUUCCUUCCUCCCUGAAGUUCCGAGGCCGGGCAACGAUUUCAAAAGGGUUAUUCCUUCUGGAGACGCAGUCACGCACUUCCAGUACGGUCAUGAUUAGAGCCUCGAUAAGUUGAGUUGUAGCUGCGCAUGCUUUGAAUCCCACUAAAUCUAUUAUAGUGUUGAGUUAGAUGCUAUUUGUUGCAUCAGUUUUGCCUAUGGUUUGGUAACAAUGUUUGUCAUGUAGUAUUGCAAUCUAUGAACAAGUUCUGUUUAUAAGCAGUAUUGGUGUUUGAAAUAUUCUUCUGUUAUAUGUCAUGACAAGGCACUAGGAUGCCAGUACUAGUGUUCGAAAACAACGCUGUCCUGUGAGCAAGCAUUUCCUCCGAGUUGUAUAUG